CUUAAUCAUCAUAAACACUUUCCUAAUGCUACAGUCUUCCUUAACUAUACAAAAUCUUGGUAGAGAAAAUCUAUGUCAAAACCUUCUAGCAAGUCUCACAUGGCCAUUUCAUUAGUAAACAAUUGCAUAUCAACUUUGUCCAUCUUUAUUUUUUUCCUUACACUUCAAUUUCUGAGUAUCACAGAAGCUCAAUCAAGAAUUUGUAGAAAUUCUUGUGGCGAUAUCCCAAUUCAGUAUCCUUUUGGCAUUGAUGAUGGCUGCGGCAGUCCAUAUUAUAGGCACAUUCUUGUAUGCACUGGUGGUCAGCUUCAACUUAGAACCCCUUCUGGUAGAUACCCUGUUAGAAAUUUAAGUUAUAUGGAUCCACAUAUUCUUGUGACCGACCCCUUAAUGUGGAAUUGCCUAGAUGGUGACAAUUUUCGACCAACUAGGCCGUUUAGCCUAGACACUAGCACACAUUUCACUUUAUCCUCUGAAAAUGACUACUUAUUCUUCAAUUGUAGUGAAAGUGAUGUGUUAGUUGAGCCAAAACCAAUGUUCUGCGAGCGUUUCCCUGAUCAGUGUGAUUCAACUUGUGAUAGUUCGAGUUAUCUUUGUAGGCACUUGCCUGAAUGUCCUGCUGCUUUGAGGAGUAGCUCUUGUUGUUCUUACUAUCCCAAAGCUACUGAGUCUUUGAGGCUGAUGUUGAAGCAUUGUGCAAGCUAUACUAGUGUGUAUUGGAGGAAUCUUGGUUCAACCCCCGCGUUUGAUCAGGCUCCUGAGUAUGGGAUUCGAGUUGAUUUUGAUAUUCCAGUGACUACGCGAUGCCUGCAGUGUCAAGAGACUGCUAAGGGAGGGGGAACUUGUGGCUUUGAUAUAGAAACACAGGAUUUCUUGUGCCUGUGUGACAAAGGGAAUAGUACUACUUUCUGUAAUGAUCGUACGGGCUCUCACAGAAGAGGAGUCGUAGCAGGGACAGCAACUGCAGUUUCAGUUGCAGGGGCAUUUGGAAUAGGAGCUGGUGUAUGGUACUUGAAGAAACUCAGAGCAAAAGCACCAGUAACUCAUGGAGUUCAAACCAAUGAGAAUAGACUCUUCUGAGAUCUUCUUUUGAAGUAAACAAAAAAAUUGCUCUAUUUCUUCCUUAAUUUCUUUUCCACUUUUCUUUACCAUUUUUCGACUUGUUUGAUUUUUUAUAUUGCUUAGCUUAUUCUUGCACUUCAGUUGGUUCUGUUUGUAAGUUUAAGGAAUCAACUUUUGAUUUUAGUAUGUUUUGGCAUUGCUUGUAUGUGGAGUAAGGAAUAUCUUAGAGAACCACUGCACCUUGUGAGGCCUUCUCUUUUCUUCGUUUAUUCAAAUAUCUCUGAUGUCUAGUUUUUUGCUUAAACAUCUGUUGCAACUAGUACUCUUUGCUAACAGCGAUAUUGUUGAUGAUAGAAGCAUAUAUAAUUCAACAAGCGAUACAAUUUAUGUUAUGUUACACCCUUCAAAAAUUCAUCGUCAUUCUGCACAGAACAAACUGUGUAUAAACAAUGAUAAGGAAUACAACUUUCGUCAUUUCUCAAAGAGACUUACAACUCCAAAAGCCUGAAUCUUUCUUGAACUUGCUAAUUAUGGUAUGCACGAAGGAUAAAUUAAACACGUUGAGGCAUUAAAAAAAUGCUGCCAGAGAUAACAGGGCAUGCUGAUGAUAGGAAUAGGAAAGGAGAAAUUUUCUAUCAGCAAUUAGCAAGGUUCAUUGACAACACAUUGAAGAGGACCAGCAUUAGAAGUUAAAGAGGGAGUAAACGAUCCGUGAGCAACAAUGAAUGAUUGUCCUCUCGUGUACUUUGGAGCAAUACUUCCAUAUCCAGAUGGAAGAAAAUAAGCUCCAUUCAUAAACACAUCAUUGGAGGAUCUCCAUUUCCAACUCUUCCAUCCUUUUUCUUCAGUCUCCCUCUUGGUGACCUGUAAUAUACAUCAUGCAUGGCUAACGUAUAUCAUCUAUAUAUAGCGAUUAGUAUAAGUUGUUUUUUGUUUAUAGUGACUAAAUUUGUGAUUUCCAAUUUGAGAACAAGUAGUAUAGAUAUUUGUAUAUAUACCUCUUUGUUGUAAGCUUUGUCAGGAGCAAUGAAGUAAUUUCCUUCA